AUGGAAUUCAUGGUGGAGAAGAAGAAGAAGAAGAAGAAGAAGACAGAAUAUAAGUAUAGGUCAGUUUUAUCUAGGAGAAAUGAAACUAGAGAUAUCCUUGUGGUCGUUUGGUUUCUCUCGUUGAAAGUCGUUGCUUAGUUCCAUAAUUGCAGUUUGUCAUGCGGUGCGAGAGGGGAUAAUUCCCGAAGGACGUCCUAAGACUUGGUCUGUGAUCCCGAUAGUGACUUCUUCUGAAUCUAAUGUGUUAUUAAAGAAAGGGACUAAUUGGAGAAGAGUACAUCUCGUGAUGGGAGGCCAAAGAGCGCAACUUGAACGUGAACUCUAAUUUUGAGAGGGGAAGUCUCAAGUAGUUGAUGAUAUCAUUGAAAAGUGACGGAACAAGCGAACAAUAUCGUUUUGUGAUGUUCAAAGAACGAAAGUUCGCGUUCAUUCCUUCAACUACAUCGUUAGCGUAUUGUUAUUCUGAAUCGUACUUUUCAUCGAACCCAAAACACAAAAAAUCGCUGUGACCUGUAAUUAUUUCCUUGAACCAAACACGCCUCAAUUUUCCGUCUUUCUUUAUAGUUUCAACUUCUCGGGUUUUCUUGGCAAGACCAAGGUUAAGAGGAUGGCGCCCGUCUGAUCGGACGGAAAUGCCGACUGAUCUCAGAACAACUCGCGAGCAAAAGUUCAAAUUUCGAGUAAUUUGUGGCAUUGAUGACGGAAUAUGUCGAAUUGAACAGCGAAAGGAAGUAGAAGUAAAAGUAGAAGACCGACCUUCGAUUCUUCAAAUUUCGGUCCACUUCAAACUGCGAGAAUACACAUUUCCAUUUCGCAUAUUCAUCCUGUUUCGUUUCAAUUUCCCUUCCUCCUCGUCCUUCUUCUUCUUCUUCUUCUUCUCGUUGCCAAACUUUUCUUUAUCUCUUAUAUUACUACUGUCGCAUUCUCGGUCGAUUCCCCCGUCUUCGUCAAUUUCGACCAUUCGCUGAGUGAAAGUAAACGACGGAAAGCAUUGAAAUUAACCAAAAGUCGGUCGUCUGUCGGGGGCCAUUUUACAGCAGUAAUUGCGGUGACAACGUACAGUAAGAAGCUGUCAUCGGCUGGAAUUCAUGACAACAAGUUAUUUUGGUCCCUGACUUUUUAGGAAUCUUUGCAAACCCAAACAACUUCUCUUUGUUGCCACAAAUGUGUAAUUCAUUCUGCAAACACAGAUAAAUCAAAGUUUUUCUCGGACGGAACCACAAAUCAGACUUAUUUGGAUGGCAAUCGUAACACCUAGACGACCUUGUCAGUUGCCAUCCUCUCUGAGAGAGCUGUAGUCUCUACAAGACGAGAUGAUCGGGAAGUGACCCUCUCGUCGAAGGGACAAUGGGCUUCACAAUCACAGACGUCGUGCUGUACAAUCAGUGGUAACACGACCGAGGAACAGUGUAAUGCCCAUUGUCCGUGCCUGUCGAAACAAACUUGCCUCAAAUAUUCUGUUUUGCGGUCCGAAAGUAGGCGGUCUAGCAGGUUUCAUUGGGCGAGAGUAUAAAAUGAGCGAACGAACGCUUCCCUUACUCAUGAUCGUCCCACUUUUUGUACGAUUUCCGAUCUCGACUGUUUUUGGCAACAAAUACACAUUCAAUUUGUAUCUAAUCUAAUCAGCACUAUGUAUUGGUGAUUUUUCGAAUUCGACAUACCGAAAGAAUACAUAGAUGACGUCGGCACAUCGUCGGCCGAAUAGCCAUUUCCCUUUGCGGUUAGAACUCAAUCAUCAAGUGCUGCGUCUCUCGUUCCCGAGUGCUCUUCCGAUUGGGACUGUUUGUGGCGCGAGAAGUGUCCAACCCGUGAUGAUAAAGAGUAGACUGAGGGCCUAUCUGUCCCCUAACAGGUUUGCCAUUCGAGAAGGAAGGUCGGCAGGGGGCGGAUCUCCACUGCCUUUCCUUCUAUAUUCCAUUCCGUCGGGCGACUGACCUCAACCACGCUUCUUCUUCUCCUCGUUCUUCUCUUUCUGCUUUUUCUACUUUCACUCCCUUCUUAUUGUUUUUCGCCUCAAUCGGUGUCCUAUUGUCCGUCUUGUCUCACUUGAAUGAUUUCAGAGCGAAAAUGGUGCAGAUUUGGCAAAUGGAGCCGUACCCGUGCGGUGAUCCGAGACUUCCACACCACGUUUUCCCGCCGAAGAAGAUCACUCCGGACGAGUUGAGCAAAAGAACCGGAACUCUGUACUGGAAACUCGACACUCUUGACCAGGUCGCGCUGGCAAAAAGACUGACCACUCUGAAGCUGGAGCACAACUUCAAGAAGGAGGACAUUUUCACUUUGGACGCAGAGACCACCGCCAACUUUGACGACAAGAUCGAGGAGCUGUUCGAGGAGUCGUCGGUUCCGUACGAGCAAGCGAGAAUGAUCAUCGAGGGAUCCGCCUACUACGAUGUCGAGGACAAGAACGGACAGUGGGUGCGCAUCUUCUGCGAGUACGGAGAUCUCAUUCUGAUUCCGGCCAACACGUGCUUCAGAUUCACCACAACUCCAAAGGUUUGAACUUGAACUGCUGGAAAUGUUCGCUCACUCACAUUCCGUUCAUUUUCAGAAUUUCGUGAAGAUGCGUCGUUUCUACAAGGAUGACGCCACCGACUAA